AUGGGUGUCAUUGAGAAGCUCAGCCGCAAGGCCGGUGUCAUCGUCGGUGACGAUGUCCUCCGCCUCUUCGAGUACGCUCAGGAGAAGCAGUUCGCCAUUCCCGCCAUUAACGUCACCUCUUCCUCCACCGUCGUGGCUGCCCUCGAGGCCGCUCGCGACCAAAAGUCCCCCAUUGCCCUCCAGGUCUCCCAGGGUGGUGCCGCUUUCUUCGCCGGUAAGGGUGUCAGCAACGAUGGCCAGGCCGCCUCCAUCGCUGGUGCCAUCGCCGCUGCUCACUACAUCCGCGCCAUUGCCCCCACCUACGGCGUUCCCGUCGUCCUCCACACCGAUCACUGCGCCAAGAAGCUCCUCCCCUGGCUCGACGGCAUGAUGGAUGAGGAUGAGCGCUACUUCAAGCUCCACGGCGAGCCCCUCUUCUCUUCCCACAUGAUCGACCUGUCCGAGGAGCCCGUUGACUGGAACAUCUCCACCACUGCCGCUUACCUCAAGCGUGCUGCCCCCAUGAAGCAGUGGCUCGAGAUGGAGAUUGGUAUCACCGGUGGUGAGGAGGACGGUGUCAACAACGAGGAUGUCGACAACAACUCCCUCUACACUCAGCCCGAGGAUAUCCUGGCCAUCCACAACGCCCUCUCCGCCAUCUCCCCCUACUUCUCUAUCGCCGCUGGCUUCGGUAACGUCCACGGUGUCUACAAGCCCGGCAACGUCCGCCUGCACCCCGAGCUCCUCAAGAAGCACCAGGCCUACGUCAAGGAGCAGACCAAGUCCCAGAAGGAGAAGCCCGUCUUCUUUGUCUUCCACGGCGGCUCCGGCUCCUCCAAGGAGGAGUACAAGGAGGCUAUCAGCUACGGUGUCGUCAAGGUCAACGUCGACACCGACAUGCAGUACGCUUACCUCAGCGGUGUCCGUGACUACGUUCUGAACAAGAAGGACUACCUUAUGAGCACCGUCGGCAACCCCGAUGGUGAGGACAAGCCCAACAAGAAGUUCUUCGACCCCCGUGUCUGGGUCCGCGAGGGUGAGAAGACCAUGAGCAAGCGCACUCAGGUCGCCCUUGAGGACUUCAACUGCACCAACCAGCUGUAA